GUGACUUUGAUUAUUACCACCUAACGUCACCCAUUACAUCAUUUUAUCAUCUAUAAAAUGAUUUUAAUUUGUUUAUAAUGUUUAUUAAGUAAAACUAUUUCGCCAACAUAACAUGUCUAAGAUUUUUGCGUUAUACGGGGAACUUUGUGCAACUCACCCAUGGGAAGUUAUAUUUACUGUAAUAACCUUUACUGUAUGUUUUUUGACUUUGGAUAAACCCCAAGGGACAAAGGCCUUCCCACGGACUACCUCAACAUGUAGCACCUGCACUGAAGAUCAUUUUAUAGCGGCCGAUGUAAUAGUGAUGACAAUAAUCAGAUGUCUUGCCAUUCUUUACAGUUAUCAUCAAUUCAGAAAUCUCAGAAAAUUAGGAUCCAAAUAUAUAUUAGGUUUUGCAGGACUGUUUGUAGUCUGCUCCAGUUUCGUUUUUAUAUCUGCAGUAUUAAACAUCCUCCAAAUCGAAGUAGCAGACCUAAAAGAUGCUCUGUUCUUUUUCUUGUUGCUAAUAGAUCUCUCAAAAGCCGUUAAAUUGGCACAGUACGCUCUAACUGCCUCGAAUCAAGACGAAAUAAGUAAAAACAUAGCGAUGGGAGUUGCUGUUUUAGGGCCUACUAUAACGCUAGAUACUAUAGUAGAAACUUUAGUAAUAGGAGUGGGAACUUUAUCAGGAGUUCAGCGUCUAGAAAUGCUAUCGUAUUUUGCAUGCCUGUCAGUCAUUGUGAAUUAUAUAAUUUUAUUAACAUUUUAUCCGGCUUGUUUAGCUUUAAUGUUAGAUUUAAGCAAAGUAAGUGAUUAUUAUAAACAAGAACAAGUUUCAAGAAUACUAGUGGACGAAAAGGAUAAGUCUAAUCCAGCCGCACAACGUGUUAAAAUGAUUAUGUCUCUUGGACUUACUAUAGUACAUAUUCAUAGUAGGUGGUCAGUACCUGAAACUGAAACUCUAGCUAUUGGUGGUAAUAAAACUGUAACUCCUUGUAACGAAUCUAGUUCAUUGUACGGCUUUCUACUUAAACAAUUUGCCCUAAGCGCUGAUCACAUAGUAAUAUUGGUUGUUUUGGUAACUUUAAUGACUAAAUUUAUUUAUUUUGAAAGUAAAGAAGAGUUACAACCAGUAAAUGAAUUUAUUGUUGAGGUUUCCGAUCGAAGAAAAAGCAUAAAGAGGCAAGAAAGAACAUAUUCUACUAGCGUGGAAGUCCAGACUGAUAUACAAAAUAAAGAAACUCUUCUGGAAAGAUGUGAUAGUAUUGACUCAGAUCCUAGAAACUUACAAGACUGUUUACAAUUGCUCCGUGGUGACAAAGCCGAUGAACUUUCCGAUAAUGAGAUAAUAAUGUUAGUAGAUACAAAACAUAUCCCUGCUUAUACACUAGAAAAAGCUAUUAAAAAUCCCGAAAGAGGCGUUAAAAUCCGUAGACGUAUAAUACAAAAUUUUCUGGAAAACAAAGACUCCUUUAAUUAUUUACCAUUUAAAAGUUAUGACUAUACCAAAGUGCUUGGUGCUUGCUGCGAAAAUGUUAUGGGUUAUGUGCCCGUACCUGUUGGAGUAGCAGGACCCCUUGCUUUAGACAAUAAAACGUAUUAUGUUCCAAUGGCAACGACUGAAGGCUGUCUCGUAGCAAGUACAAACAGAGGAUGUAGAGCAAUUGAGAAAACUGGUAUCAAAAGUAGACUAAUAGCAGAUGGUAUGACGAGAGGUCCCGUUAUUCGCUUUAGCUCAAUUGUAACUGCCACUGAAGCAUUCCACUGGACUAAAAAGGAAGCAAACUACUCAGCUUUACGAAGUUCCUUCAAUUCAACCAGCCGUUUUGCAAGACUUCAAAAAAUUUCUACACAUAUCGCUGGUCGUUACCUGUUUAUUAGAUUUGUAGCUGAAACAGGCGAUGCAAUGGGUAUGAAUAUGAUUUCCAAAGGCACAGAACAAGCCUUGAAUACAUUAAAAACGCAUUUUCCUGACAUGGAAAUUCUGAGUUUAAGUGGAAAUGUUUGUACUGACAAAAAGCCGGCGGCAAUGAAUUGGAUAGAAGGAAGAGGAAAAAGUGUAGUUUGCGAAGCAAUUAUUCCCUUUCAUAUUGUUUCUUCAGUAUUAAAAACAAGUUCAGCUGCGAUGGUUGACUUGAAUAUUUCGAAGAAUAUGAUAGGUUCAGCUGUCGCUGGAAGUAUUGGUGGAUUUAACGCUCACGCUGCCAAUAUUGUAACUGCCAUUUUUAUAGCGACAGGCCAGGAUGCUGCUCAGAACGUAUCCAGUAGUAAUUGCUUAACAAUUAUGGAACCUUGGGGUGAAAAUGGAGAAGACUUAUAUAUUUCUUGUACAAUGCCUUCGAUAGAAUUAGGAACAGUAGGUGGAGGCACAAUAUUACCGGCACAAUCAGCAUGUCUUAAAAUGUUGGGCGUAGCUGGGUCUAACGAAAAGGUACCUGGAGAUAACGCCAAACAAUUAGCUCGAAUUGUUUGUGGUACAGUUCUAGCAGGAGAAUUAUCACUAAUGGCUGCGUUGGCAAGUGGUCAAUUAGUCAAAAGUCAUCUAAAGUACAAUAGGUCUUGCUCCAGUAAAGAUGCUAUGAGUUUAAGUUGUGAUAUCGCAGGAAGUUUAUGUAAUUUGACUAAAAGCAGUUAAAUGUGAUACUUGUUUUAUAAUUUAAUAAAUUAAUUUAUUUUAUGUUU